GAGCAGUUAAACUUGAGAUGAAAUGAUUUUGUUGCAAAACGGUUUGCAUAUUUAAAAAAAAACAAGACAGUACAACCUUGCCAGCAGGUUUCACUGAAAGAUUUCUUCAAUAACUGAGUUUAUUUUAAAAACCUGCCUUCAGCAAAGACCAUGCCCACACAGUUCGCUUCCGUGUCUUCCAUUUCGAUCCUUCGCCAUUGUUUUUUACGUUUUCCAUUUUCUUCUGCAUUGCAAUCCCAAGUAUUUGGCGAUGAGUUCUUUAUGACCCUAAAUAUUAUCUAGCCAUGAUAGCAAGAUUGGUUGUGUUAUUGUAAUUACUGAAAUGGUACCCUUUUCUUUAUUUAACAGGACAACAAUGGGAGCUAAGAAGUGAGCCACUGGUGUCGCCUUGGAAACCAUUACCAAGGUCGGUCAAAUAUCGGCUUUGCAAUAAAGUAUGAAAUGUAUAGCCACUGUGAGAGCCUUUGUUAGUGGAGCAGUACAAAGUGGGAAUUAAGCAACAUAAGUAAUUGAAACCGACAAAACAGAAAUGCAUAUAGUGUUUGUUUAGUUUACUUGAGUUUCUAAAAUAACUACACGUGGGGCCAUAUACAAAUGCUAUUUGAACUUUGAAACCGAAAAUUUUGACAUAGACUAUCUCUACUAAACCAUGUGGAGUCCAUAGAUGACAUGUUAGGGACUGCGUACUAGCAGAUUAUGGAUUCUGAUCGAAGAUGUGCUUAAAUCGUGGACUCGUGAAAUGCUUUCGUUAUCUUUUUUUUUUUUCUCGAUCAGGCCGUACACAAUUUGGUUGUUUUCAAAAGCUGACAGCAACUAGGAUUGCUGAGAUUAAAUUUUUAUCAUCCCAUCCUGACUACGGCCGAAGAAAAAACGUUCAGGUGCCAAGUCUUUCUCGUUUGCUUCCUAUGAGAAAGGAAAAAACCUGCCAAAGCAAUACAAGAAAUCCUCUACAAUAGAGAGAAGAAAUAGACGAGUACUACAGUCAGAGACGAGAUAGGAAAGUUAACAGAAAAGAUCUCCAGCUUUCUUCCUUUCUCAAGUUUUAGGGCAAAAAACUCGGGUAUCGUCAUCAUCUGUGAUUUGGCCCGCUUUGAUUUUGGGGAUUAAAAACAAUUUUGGCCAUCUCUCGUAUGAAUAAAAUAACGAGAAAAGCCAUGGACUCAACAAAGCAGACAGAGUUAUGGAGCUUAACAACGGAUGAAUCUAAACCAUCGUCUGAUUUCACCUUCCACGAUAUUUCUUACAACGUGGGCAAAAGAAACAAUGUUAAAAGGAUUUUACAACAAAUGAGCGGCACAUUCAAAUCAGGCCAGCUGACAGCUAUUCUAGGACCGUCUGGCGCAGGAAAAACCUCGCUGAUGAACAUCUUAGCAGGAUUAAAGACGACUGGAGUUGAAGGUAGAAUCGAGGUUGAUGGUGUCGAACGGAAUUUCAAAACAUUCCGGAAACAAUCGGCGUACAUCACGCAAAAGGACUAUCUGCUGAAAGACUUGACCAUUGACGAGUACAUGACAAGUGCAGCGCAUCUAAAGCUGGGCAACAAAGUCUCCGACAGCGAAAAGAAAACAAGAGCAGACUUAAUCAUAAAGACAUUAGGACUAGCGAGUAGUGUCACGACACAAAUUUCCCGUCUAUCUGGUGGCGAACGCAAGCGACUUUCCAUCGGACUGGAACUGUUUGACAAUCCAUCCUUCCUAUUUCUGGAUGAACCCACAAGCGGAUUGGACAGCUCGUCGAGUUUACAGUGUGUUGCAUUACUCCGCAAAAUUGCUAACAGUGGCCGAACGGUUGUGGCCACCAUUCAUCAGCCCAGUUCAAGGCUGUUGGACCAUUUUGAUCAUCUGUACGUCGUUGUUGGUGGGUCGUGCAUGUUCCAAGGACCGGUUGAAUUUUUAGUGCCUUAUCUACAGACAUUCAACUUACACUGCCCUAAAUAUCAUAAUCCUGCUGAUUUCGUAAUGGACGUGGCUUCAGGAGAAUACGGUGAUGUGCUACCCCAAUUGGUGUCCGGCAUUGAAAAUGGUCGUCUCACUUAUAGAGGAAGUUUAGCAUCUUCACGUUCUACCCGCUCCAUCAAUUUGGAAGGAAACGGAUCCUACCAGGUGAAUGACGAUGAGGGAAAAAAGAAAAACAAACGAAAACGAAUAACAUACGGCGCUCCGUUUCGCACUCAAGUGAAGGUCUUGCUCGAAAGAACUUGGCGAACAAUGUGGAGAGAGAAGAUGCAGACCCAAACACGUUUCCUUACGCAUAUCGUGUUCGGCAUCUUCAUAGGAUUGAUGUAUCAAACAGUGGGAAAUGACGCUAGUUACCCGUUUAACGCUGGGUUGCUCGCCUUCAGUCAAUUAUUCAUUAUCUUUACAGGCACGAUGCCAACCAUCGUGACCUUUCCAAUGGAGAGAAACGUGCUGGUUCGCGAGCACUUGAAUCACUGGUACAGCCUCAAAGCCUAUUACCUUGCCAAACUGAUAGUCGACAUUCCGUUCCAGAUCCUUUUUCCUGCUAUAUUUUUGGCGAUCGUCUAUCUGAUGACCGGCCAGCCCAUGUGCAUGAUGCGUUUCAGCAUGCUUCUGCUGGUGACAAUCUGCAUGUCACUGGUGGCACAAGGAAUUGGACUCGUUUUCGGAGCCGCUUUCGACAUCCAGACAGCUUUAUUCCUCUCAGCAGUUUUUGCGAUUCCGUUGCUUCUUUUCAAUGGUUUUUGUUUACGCUUCAACUCCAUACCAUUCUACCUGAGAUGGAUGUCUUACGGGAGUUUGUUUCGCCAUGGUUUCGAAGGAGCCAUGCUGUCCGUCUACGACUACGACCGUCCACCGCUCAACUGUUCCCAACCUUAUUGCUAUUUUCGCUAUCCCCGCAAAAUUUUGGAAACCUUUGACAUGGACCAGAGCUCAUACUACGUAUCUAUCAUUGGCUUGAUGAUGUACUUUGUCGUAAUGAGAAUUGCUGGCUAUUUUGUUUUGCGUUUCAAGCUAAAAAGCAUAUCUUAAUUUUUACUUUUAUUGUGUUUCUACCAAUUUGUUUCGUUUUGUCUGACUAAUUUAUAGCUAAAUGUCUUGUGUUGACAAUACCUUUACGAUGCUCCAGCUAUGAUGUUCAGGUCGGAUGAAGCUAUUCAAGGUAAAUAGGUACGAAAAACUAAGAAAUGAUGCAAGAUUAUUCUGAAUUUUAAUUCUCGCGACAUAAUGUACACAAGAAACGACAACCACGUGGUAAAUAAUAAACAGUUUAAAUGCA